GACCGCGCGACGCUCAGAGACGUCAGUGCGCAAAGGGAGCUCCUCAGCUGGCACAUCUGUUCUCUCUGUAGCCGCUUCCUCACUCAGACCAGAUUGCCCUCAGAGGAUUUGUUUUCGGAAACGCAAAAACAAAAAUAAAUAAUAAUAAUUUAUAUCGACAUUUUGUUGGUCGAGCGGUCAAGUCGUCACCAGUUGAAGACAGAACAUAAUGAACAACAGGGAUCGCUGGAGAGUGUACAAGAGGGUGUGUGCCGUGUUCUUCCUGGCUGUGGUGGCCCUCACCGUCGUCCAGAGGGGCAGCAUCAACUCGGCGGCUCCCUUUGAGCUGGAGCGGCAGGCUCGCAUGCACGUCUCCCAGGCCGUCGAGCCCGAGGCCCCCCCGGAGGAGAAGCCUCGCUUUCACCUGGGCUUGAAGAGCUUCUGGAUGGUGGGCCGGCAGAAGCUACAGCUCAAAGCCUCGGCGACCACGCAGCGGCCAAGGGCUACAGACGACGCCAGGCUCGGCAACUGGGACGUGACCAGCUCCAACUGCAGCGCCAACCUCAACCUGUCGAGCCAGGCCUGGUUCAGGGGACUCGAGGACAACUUCAGACAGUUCCUGCUUUAUCGCCACUGCCGUUUCUUCCCCAUGCUUCUCAACCACCCAGAAAAGUGCGCGGGAGAGAUUUAUCUGCUCAUGGUGAUCAAAUCGGUGGCCACCCAGCACGACCGCAGGGAAGUGAUACGGAAAACCUGGGGCAAGGAGCAGGUGGUCAACGGCAAGAGGAUAAAGACUCUCUUCUUGCUCGGCAAGCCUUCGAACGAGGCAGAGAGAGCUAACCAUCAGAAACUUGUAGAGUACGAGGACUAUAUCUACGGAGAUAUUCUUCAGUGGGACUUCUUAGACACUUUCUUCAACCUGACCCUUAAAGAGACCCAUUUCCUCAAGUGGUUCCACACCUACUGCCCCAGAGUGCAGUACGUCUUCAAGGGGGACGACGACGUCUUCGUGAGCAUUGAGAACAUCUUUGAGUUCCUGGAAGGCAGCAGCCGCGACAGGAACCUGUUUGUCGGGGACGUGAUUUUCAAGGCCAAGCCCAUCCGUAAGAAGGAGAACAAGUAUUACAUCCCCCAGGCGCUGUAUAAUAAAACGUACUACCCGCCGUACGCCGGCGGAGGGGGGUUUCUCAUGCACGGGGAGCUGGCGAGGAGGCUCCACUGGGCCGCCGAGACCCUGGAGCUGUACCCCAUCGACGACGUGUUCUUGGGCAUGUGUCUGGAGGCGCUGCAGGUCACGCCCGUGAAACACAACGCCUUCAAGACGUUUGGCCUGGUGAAAAACAAGAACAGUAAAAUGAACCGGGAGCCCUGUUUCUUCAAAAACAUGAUAGUGGUGCACAAGCUCCUCCCGCCCGACCUCCUGCACAUGUGGCAUCUGGUCAACAGCGACCUGAACUGCUCCAAGAAAGUAGAGCUCCUAUAGCUCCUAAGGGAGAGUCAGAGACAGAACCCACAAGCUGAACUUUACCCGAGGCGAGCGGCAAAAAAGAAAAACCCGCUGUCAAAAAGCGGCGAAGGAGGGAGCAAAAAAAAAAGCCUAAAAAUCUCCUUUAUGUGGAGAGAGACAAAGACUGUUUUUCAUUUGCUGAUACUGCGCAGCAUUUGGAUCUUUUAGAGGCUUUCCUCAAACGUCAAAUAAAUUAUUACUUUUUUUUUUUAAAGCUUUUUGAAGAUUUGUCAGUUGUGUGUAUGGAGGAACUCUGUUAGCUCAAAUUCCAAUUUUUAUUCUGUUAUUUAAUAUGCCGCAGCGGGAUCUGCUGCAAACGUUCAAAAAUGGUCUCAGUUUGCCACAAGGAAUCAUACAGGCCUUCCUCACCCUUCUUUCUGUGGUCCUUUCAUUUGGUGGUAAUGUCCUCUCUUUAGAUUAUUACUGAUAAUGAACUUACAUUUCAAAAGUAUAAACAAUACUAUAAAAAAAGUCUUACUGUAUUAGCUGCAACAUCAGCAGAAAAAAAGUGCAUUUUGUACAAGUAGAAAGUCCAAUGGUUUUGUUAGGAAUCGAAGUCACUCAUGCUCCAGGCUGCUGUGGCUUCAGAUGAUUUCAAGUCAGAUGAAGAAACGACUACACUCUAAAACAAACCACUUAUUAUUUAUUGUUAACAAUAAAUAAUAAUAAAUUACUUCACCAUUUAUGUUGUGUAUUAGGAUACAGCUGGGCUGGCUUAACGUAAUCUUGUAGGGUUGAUCCGAGUGUUUUGUGAGUCGGUCAAAUUACAUUUCUUUUAAAUUGUUGUUUUAUUUAAAACAGAAAAACAAAGAAAAGAGUUCAGUGAAUCUGAAUCUGCGGCAAGAUCUGGGAAUGACUUCUCACCUGAGCAUUUUCUAGCUGCAAGUUUGGCAACUGUUGGUUUUUUUAUUAUUAUGAGUAUCAGUGCUAACUAUUGGCAACAUAUUGGAACAGAUUUUCAAACAGUAAAGGAAGGUCUCAACAGAUACUGAUUGCACAAAACUAUGUUUGCCUCUGGUUUAAUGAGAAAGAAACCAUCACAAGUGCUUAAAAAUUGUCUAUACUUUGAUUAUAUAUAUAUAUUAGUCAAAAUUAAGCCUUAAAUGGAGUUGGGAUUCAUGCUUUUCUGACUAGGAACUCAGAAAAUCCCACUUGUGUGGGCAAAAACUAACGCACAAUAUGCUCAUACUUUGUCUUUUAUACUUAUUUUGACCUUGUUAAAUGAAAACUGCACGAGCGUAACCAAAAGCAGGCAAGAAUAAAUAAUUUAGCAGAGCUAAACUCAAAUAUUUAUGCUCUUAAAUGUAAGUGAAUCAGGCUAAAACUUGUUAAAAUUGGCUAGUUUUACAGCCACUAUAUUAUUAACCCUAAAUAAUGUGCGAAUCAAUGUAUUUGGCAAAAUUCCUUUAAAUAGGUAGAGCUGGUAUGAGUUGAAUAAUUUAGCGAAUGAAAACAAAUUAUUAACUUACUUUUUUGUUUUUAACUCUUCUCAGUCCUGUUAAAAAGAGCUCGAACUUAAAGGAGCUGUCUGUUAUUAUGAAAUAUGGCAAAACAUAGAUAGGUUUAUUUACCAAGCUUUGCAAUGUGAAACCGCUUUAAGCAAAACAAACACAGUGGUUAAGUUAAGUCAACAUUUUAAUCAGCGCUGAGCUAUUCUACGUUGUCUUGAAGCUUGAACAUUGCUGAAUUCUGAAAGAAAUUGCUUGAAUUGGAGAAAAAUAUUACAGCUGUCAAAAGGUUAUUUUUAAGUAUCUGAUUUAGGAAAAGUUGAAAAUAAAUUAUAUAACAAAGGUUAACUGUACACAUUUAUGUUUUCAUAUAUGUAUGGAAGUCCAUUGGGGCAACUUUUUUCAAUAUUGAUGGCCGUUUUAAGAGCUAAUUCGAGGGUUUUUCCAAGUAAUACUUGAAUCACUUAAAGUUGUCUUCUAGACGUCAUUUCACUUGAUCCUUUGGAUCGUGUCUGCUUAAACCCAGACAUGAACUGGAUGCAUAUUAAUGUACUUUAAAACACGUGUUUCUACUUGUUACGCACAUUAAGUCUGUGGAUGUGAAUGUGCUGAUAUACUUGACGUGGAUUUGUUAGGGGGGAGGUGACAACGACACUGUGAAUUUCAAACAGUUGCUGGUACGAGCGUAUGCCUUCUGUCCCCCCAAUGAACGAACGGGGCAAAUGUGGUGGUUCUUGAAUUUAUUUAAACACAAUGUUGUAAAGUUAUGUGAUUAUAAUCCCAAAUGAUACUGGUAUAGUAGGCGGUGAUUAUGUCUAAAUGUACAUAUAUGUAAUAUUGAAUAUAUAGACACACACACAUACAUGGGGUUGUGAUGUGUAAAUAAAUCAAGUCGUAAAAUCUGUCCUA